AUGGACACGGCGUUGCCACCGUUCCGGGACGGUGAGCUGCCGCCGUUACACCGCCACCACGCCGAUGGACGAACGGACGGACGGAUGGGCAGACGAAGCUAUGUGGUGGUUUUGGUUUUGGUAUCACUGCUGUCGCCUGUCGUUCGUUCGUUCUUCGCCGAUGUGGCGUCUGCCGCUGUUGAUUUAGCAAAUAACGAACGAACGAACGAACGUCGUCGACGACGACGACGACUAGCUUUCUGUGGUCUGUUGGUCGCCCGGGCCACGGUUCGACACCAGGUGGCGCAGCGAUCGAUUGUUUUGUGCGUCCGCGAAAAAGCACUUUCGUCCGCUUCCGCGACGAGCCGCCAGCCACCCUUCGACCAAUUGCAGAGUGGUGCCUGA